CUUGCCUUGUUCAACUUGUUAGCCGCUCUUCUCAUAAUCCCCUCGCCACCGCAGCCGCCACUAUUUUGCCGCUUAACAUAUCAGAGACCGCGGCGGAACAGUAACGCCUGCCGCACAUCACCGGAGGGCACCGAGGUCUCUCGCUCCUCAUCAGUCUCCUUCUCCAGUGUCCCCUUCUUCCCCUUCCUCUCCGAGGAAAUUCCCUGACGCGCCAUCAAAAGGAGAGGGAACGAGAGAAAGCGAGGUUGCCCAUCCAAUUCUCUGUCGUCUCUUUAUAUGCUAUUUUCCAAUCCUGUGGGACUAUUAUAAGCUCAGUUCAGUUAUCGCCAAUUCCUAGUACACGGGUUUUUUUCCUAGUCAUUUUCAAGGAAAAUCUCUCAGGGGGCCAGAAUGUUACAGGCGGCUAGAACACAAGCUCUGCUGCCGAGAAACAAGGAUUCUAUUGUUGUUUCCGAUUCCAGAUUGAAGCCUGGGUUUUCCCUUCCGAGGGCAAGCUCACUAGGCUUCUCUUCCAUGAAGGUCUCCUUGAUCAAGCAGAAAAGUUCAGUCUUGGCUUGUCGAGCUUCGGGUGAAUUGCACGAGACUCCCGUCAGUGUGGAUAGGAAAGUUGAUUCACCCAUCCACGGAGUAACUGAGAUGUUGGUUGGCGUCUUGGGAGGGGGACAAUUGGGUCGUAUGCUAUGUCAAGCAGCUUCAAGAAUGGCCAUCAAAGUAUGCGUUUUAGAUCCCUUAGAAAAAUGCCCAGCUAGUGAAAUUGCACAUAAUCACAUGGUUGGAAGCUUUGAUGACAGUUACACAGUUCAAGAAUUUGCAAAAAGAUGUGGAGUGUUGACUGUGGAAAUUGAACAUGUUGAUGUUGCUACAUUAGAGAAGCUUGAGCAGCAAGGAGUUGACUGCCAGCCAAAAGCAUCUACUAUUCGUAUCAUCCAAGAUAAAUAUCUCCAGAAAGUUCAUUUUUCUCGGCAUGCCAUUCCACUUCCUGAAUUUAUGGAGAUAGAUGAUUUGGAAGGUGCAAAAAGAGCUGGGGACCUCUUUGGUUAUCCUCUUAUGAUAAAGAGCAGAAAAUUGGCCUAUGAUGGCCGUGGAAAUGCUGUUGCAAAGAGUGCUGAAGAACUUUCUUCUGCUGUUACUGCUCUGGGUGGAUUCAACCGUGGUUUAUACGUUGAGAAAUGGGCGCCCUUUGUAAAGGAGCUGGCUGUCAUUGUGGCAAGAGGAAGAGAUGACUCUGUCUUGUGUUACCCUGUCGUUGAAACCAUUCACAAGGAAAACAUAUGUCACAUAGUUAAGGCACCAGCUGAUGUGCCAUGGAAGAUUGGGAAACUUGCCACUGAUGUUGCAUGCAAAGCUGUUAAGUCAUUGGAAGGUGCUGGCGUUUUUGCAGUUGAGUUGUUUUUGACGGCAGAUAAUGAGAUUUUAUUGAAUGAAGUAGCUCCUAGACCUCAUAAUAGCGGUCACCACACAAUUGAGUCUUGCUACACCUCACAAUAUGAACAGCAUUUGCGUGCUGUUGUUGGUCUACCACUUGGUGAUCCAUCAAUGAAAACUCCAGCUGCUAUUAUGUACAAUAUCCUGGGCGAAGAUGCGGGUGAUCCUGGUUUCGUUCUGGCUCAUCGAGUUAUUGGAAGGGCUUUGAGUAUUUCAGGAGCCACUGUCCAUUGGUAUGAUAAGCCAGAAAUGCGAAAGCAACGGAAAAUGGGUCAUAUCACAAUUGUUGGGCCUUCCAUGGGCCUUGUGAAAGCGCGUCUUAAUUCCAUAAUCAAGGAAGAAGGUUCUGAUGGUGCAUCUGCAGGGAUACCACGUCCGCGUGUUGCGAUCAUAAUGGGCUCAGAUUCAGAUCUUCCUGUUAUGAAGGAUGCUGCAAGGAUAUUGAAUAUGUUUGAUGUGCCUAAUGAGUUGCAGGUCAGAAUAAUAUCAGCCCAUCGUACUCCUGAAGCAAUGUUUUCUUAUGCAUCAUCUGCUAUUGAACGAGGGAUUCAGAUUAUAAUUGCUGGUGCUGGUGGUGCAGCCCACUUGCCAGGUAUGGUAGCUUCGCUUACUCCCUUGCCGGUUAUUGGUGUUCCUGUGCGUGCUUCUGCCUUGGAUGGAAUUGAUUCACUUCUGUCAAUUGUGCAGAUGCCGAGGGGGGUACCGGUUGCAACUGUUUCAAUAAACAAUGCCACAAAUGCAGCUCUGCUUGCAGUAAGAAUGUUGGGUAUUGGCGAAGCUGACCUACUGGCGAGAAUGAGACAGUAUCAAGAGGAUGCAAAGGAAGAUGUCCAGAGAAAAGAUAAAAAGCUUAUGGACGAAGGCUGGGAAUCUUGAAUCUUUGUAUGAUUUUUCAAUUUUGGUCACUGCAGAUAUUUUCGUCAUCAGGGUACACGUUAGCAACAUUGAUUUAAGAACCCACAACCCCAAAUUGAGAGCUGAUAAUCCAUCGUCGAGCUUUCAGCCUUAGACCCCAUGAGAUAAAGGUUUCUGUGUGUAGCCAGAUAGCUACCAACUUUGCUGCUACCCAGUCGAUGCCGAAUGAUUCUCACUCUUUCUGCUAGGGGUUCACCAUUUUUUUUGGGGUGGGUUUGAGUAGGUGUAAUAUUGGCUUAAUUUUAUUCAAGAUAUUUCACCAAUAUAAAUACAUUUACGUUUAAUAGACAUCCUACAACAAGGGAUGUGAGAUGCAA